AUGGCUAUGUUUUUCCCAGGUGGCCUGUUCAAAUCCAACUAUGGCAAGAGCCAAGAGCCUUGGAAUCCAUGCCAGCUUUACCAAGGCAUGUGCAGAAACACCUGCAGAAAACAGGAAAUUCAAUACUUUACCUGCCUAAAUGAACAAAAGUGCUGCCUGAAAUUUCCUGCAAAAACAGCCAGUUCUAACCACGCGAAGGAGGAUUACAACUCUGCCUCCAACUAGUCAGUUACAAACACUUCAAGCUACCCUGAAACUUGAAUAUCACCAACCUUACUCUCUCCUGGAGUAAUUCCUCCCCAUUCUGGAACACCUUCUCCAUAAAAAUACAUUCCCUCUCA